AUGAUCUCCAGUCUCUUAAAUCUCCAAUAUGAGCAAAUUAAGUACCCAAGCAAGAAGGCCGCGCAGGUUCAAUUACAGGCCGAGCUCAACACUGAUGAAGAGUGGAACAAGUUUCUGACUAGAGAUGGACUGUUGGUGGUGGAUGUCUACUCGGAGUGGUGUGGACCGUGCAUUGGUAUGGUGGGCAACCUGAAGAAAAUCAAAGUGGAACUCGGGGGCGAUAACCUUCAUUUAGCCGUGGCUAAAUCUGACACAAUAGAAUGUUUGAAGAGGUUCAGAAAACGCAGCGAACCGACCUGGAUGUUCAUAGCGUCCGGCCAACUGCUAAACGUGGUUUUUGGAGCGGAUGCUCCUCGUAUCGCUCGCACCAUAGAAGAGGAGCUACGGAAUGAAGAACUAGCUAAAAAGGGAGAACUCAAGCGACCGAAGAGAGCUCCGCAUGAACUCACCACUCCAGAACAGGAGGUAGCAAAUGCCCAACAGAAGAUAGAAGAGGAGAAGAAAGCGAAGGAAGCCGCCGCUGUGGAGGCAGCGAGGUUCGCGCGGAGGGAGGCGCGCGCCAAGCGGCUGGAGAUGCACUUCAAUGACGUGUGCCCGGCUCUCAUGCUGCCACACGCACAGAAACACUUACGGAAGAUCACCGACACUAUUGAACCUUUCGGUGUAAUUUUGGCGGACAAGUGCCCCAUAGUAGUGGGUAAGGAAGGCGCUAAGAUCUUGGCAGUAGAAGAACCAGAGCUUGGUGAACCCAAUGCAGCUGCCGCAAUUAUUGAGAGACCUUCACUGGCUUUGCUGUUCAAGAAGAUGCCAGAUAAGGAAGGAGAUAUUAUUGAAUUAACUCGUCGAGCGCUUUGUGGUGAUGGUCUGGCAGAAGACGACGAUGCCAGGAAGAAGUUGCCAGUCACGGAGCUGCGCGCAGACAACACCAUCGGACUGUACGUGCCUAAAGACAGACACGAGAGAGCUGCUGUGCUAGACGUUUUGUUCCCUAAGAUGGUAGGUGCGGUGGUGGAGCCGGCGGGGCGCGCGGAGGCCCCGCACGUGGCGCUGAUGUUCGGAGCGUGGCAGCGCCGCGCCGUGCUGGCCAUGUGCGGGGCCUCCGAUAUAUCGCGCAGACUGCUGCGGUACGGGUUCUACGCUGACGCCAACCUGGACGAGCCACGACUCCUCGCCAAGGAUGUAGACUCUUAUGAACUCCGGCCGGAGAAAGACUACUGCGAGACCAUAGUCCUGAUGAUCGCAGUGGGGCUAGCAGAACCCGAGUUGGCAGAGCCUGAAGAUAUAUUCCCUGAAGGUCCACCAGAGGAACUCCUGGCUCUAGGACCUUUGCACGUCAGCGCUGACGCAGUGGUGGGACAGGAAGAGUGUUCCAGGUUCUUCCCACCAGGGUACAGCGAGCCUGAGAGGAAACCCAAGUCCAAGAGCAAGAAGAAGAAGAAGAAGCGUCACACAAGCAAAGAAGAUAACGCAGAAGAAUCACAGGAUCGAACUCAGAGCACAGAGAAUGCAGAGGCCGAAGCGAACGGGGAUACAGAGAAUGGUGACGAUGGCGAGGAGAAUGGGGAUGGAGAAGAGAAUGGGGAUGAAGGGGACGAAGAGGACAAUGAGGAUCAGCAUGCGGACAAGGCUACAUCCCCACCACCACCUACACCACAUUAA